AAUUUAAACAAGGUGAUGCAGUCGUGGACGGAAGGUAUUGAUAGUAUCAUUAAAAUGUUGAAAUGUAUAUUGUUAGUAGCAUUAAUAAUAGUGGGAAGAGGAGAUGCGAAGGAAGCAUGGUUGGUGAACACAGACCAAGGUCCUGUCCGUGGAUACAAGGCACCUGGUGAUGAUGUAUUUGUAUUCUAUGGAAUCCCAUACGCAACUGCACCUACCGGUCGUAACAAGUAUAAGGUACCGUUGCCAGCUCCUACUUGGUCAGAGCCAUUUGAAGCGGUUAAUAGAAAUAUUGUUUGCCCACAAAUGGAUAGUGUUUACAUGGUACAUCCGAAUGGAACUCAGGUAGAGGACUGCUUGGUCGCUAACAUUUACGUACCGGAUAAAAAACAAGAUAAGUUACCAGUUUUAGCCCAAGUCCACGGAGGUGGAUAUCAAAUUGGCUACGGUGACUUUGCCACAGCAAAAAAAUUGAUGAGGGAAAAGGCGAUGAUAAUUGUCAAUUUUAAUUAUCGCCUAGGACCCCAUGGUUUUCUAUGUUUAGGCACACCCGACGCACCGGGUAACGCAGGUAUGAAAGAUCAGGUAGCUUUACUACGUUGGAUUCAAAGAAACAUAGCUAGUUUCGGUGGAAAUCCUGAAGAUGUAACCAUUAAUGGUGCCAGUGCAGGAGCAUCGGCAGUAGACCUUCUGAUGCUCUCACCGACGACUAAAGGACUGUUUAACAAGGUCGUGCCAGAGAGUGGACCUAAUCUAGCAGCGUUCAGUGUUCAAGGACAUCCGCUAGAAAAUGCUAAAAGAUACGCAAAGAUGUUAAACUUUACAGGCGACGUUAACGACGUUUAUGCACUUGAAGAAUUUUACAAGACGAUUUCUAAAGAACUCUUGCAUUCCGUUAAUGUUAUGUUUGAAAAAGACUCGACAUUCCUUUUCACACCUUGUGUAGAACGUGAUAUCGGUGAAGAGAUGUUUCUGAAUGACUCUCCUUUCAAUAUAUUAAAGAACGGUAGGCAACACAAGGUGCCUAUGCUUUAUGGAUUCGCGGAAAUGGAAGGAUUGAUAAGAAUAGCGUUCUUUGACAUGUGGAAGGAUGGUAUGAAUGACAAAUUUUCAGAAUACUUACCUGGCGAUUUACAGUUUGAAACUGAAGCAGAAAGAGAAAAGGUCGCCGAUAAAGUGAAAAGGUUCUAUUUUGGUGGCCAACCGAUUAAUGAAGAAACAAUAUUCAUAUAUAUUGAUUAUUUUACCGAUGUUUUUUUCGCUUACGGUACGGUCAGAUCAGUGAGAUUACAAGUUGAAUCAGGCAACACUAACAUAUACUUGUAUCAAUACAACUUUGUGGACGAGACCGCGCCAUAUAUACUGCAUACAAAGUUGCGAGGCGCUGAUCACUGCGCACAGAGUUUAGGAGUUUUCGAUGGCUUGCUCCUAGACCCUUCUGAAGAAAACCUUACAGAAGAUUUUAAGAGUAUGAAACAGAUGAUGAGAAAAAUGUGGGCCAGCUUUAUAACAACUGGUAAACCCAUCCCAGAGGGCUCUGACCUGCCCGACUGGCCUCCAGCUAAAGCCAACGGAGGUCCUCACAUGCGUAUUGACAAGUUCAUCAAACUGCGGGGACCACUGCUACAGCAACGUGUUCUGUUCUGGGAUGAAAUCUACGACAAAUAUUAUAAAGCGCCUUCUCCCCCACCUACGCCACCACCGAGGAAAAAAUCCGAGUUGUAAUGAAACAAAAAGGACUUUUUACUGUGAGAUUUUUUUAGACUUUUAAUGUGUUAAAAUAUGAUGUGAAAUUUUUAGCCUCAUUUGUUACAAUAUGUAUUAAAAUUGCAUUUAUAGGUCCCAAGUAAAUUUCAUAUUAGACUUCGUACUCUGACCAGUAAUAAAAGUCACUUUAUUAUAUUAUGGAACAAUAUGCAACAAAUUUCUUAGAUUAAUGAAGAAAUGGAUCGAGGGCGCCUCCAUGAUUUCGUCUUUUUUCUUGAUCGUACCGAAAUAUUUUUUUGAAGACUUGAAUAUAACCUAAGAUAACAAAAAUUGUUCUUAGAUGUUAAAUAUGUUUCGAUUUCAAUUUAUCGUAUAUAUUGGUUUUAAGGUUCGCCUUUUGUCAUACAAAUACAGAUUUUUAUUUUUCGAACAGCCAACGUCCCGCGAGAUUGCGUACCCAUAUCAAAAAGACAGCGUUGACUUGACCGAUGUGAUCAAUCUUGUGAAUUUCUAUCAAAUUUUCUUUUCCAAUAUCUUGAUUUGUAUUAAAAUAUUUUGUAAAUCUUAGUUAAAAAACUAUUUAGUGCAUAAUAGACAUUAUAGGCAUAAUUAUUUUGAAAGUCGCAAAACCAAUGUAAUACAUUUUCACCAGGCGUUAACGUGAACACUAGAACAAUGGAUGCUUAUUAGAAAACACGUCUGUUUAUUUAUCAUAGCUUAAUAAAUACAUUUAAAAACACUUUUGCCUUUUCAAGCAAAAUUAUUAAACUCUUCAGACUUUUUACAGACAUUUAAAAGUUCGGUUAUAUUGGAUAAGAAAGUAACAUUUAGGUAUAACAGAUAAAAAAUAUUAGAUUAAUAUUUUUAUCGAUACCCUCUGUUUCUUUAUCCUUCGUAUAUGAUAGAGCGUUGCCGUUCCCCGUAACUUAUUAGUCAAUUAAUUUCCCUUCAGUACUGUGGCAUCUCAGCUGUUCGCAGCAGCGAUGUGACUGACUGGAAGAAAGUUAAUUAAGGCGCGGCCUUGAUUGAUGAAGGGAUCUGCGUAAACGUUUAUUGUUCUUUCCCAAACAUGGUUAAUAAUGUUUGAUGGAUAUUAUAAAUGUGAAAAAGAUGCUCUAAAGGAAAGAAGGUAAAAAUUAACAAUAUAAUAAUUUAUUUAGUAGAAUUUUCUGUGUUUAUGGCGUUAUUAUUUCCAGUGAUUUUAUUUUCGGUUCUUUUGUCUGUUUUAACUUUUCACUUCGUGACUUCGUCUAUCCAAUUGUUUUAAGAGGCCCUUUGGGAAAUUUACAAUUUUGUUUCAUCUUGACCGAGCGAAAUAAUUCAAAAAAUAAAAUUACAAUAGCAAUUUAAAUUGUACUACGAACAUUGGUCUUUUGACAUGAAAAUGGGGAAAUUAGCAUAAAAAUGUUUACGUCUUUUUCGAAUUAUACGUCUGUGAUGAUAGAGGUGUUUUUCUUAAAGUGUUUAACUAUAUAAAAUAAGUGUAGACAUGUGAUAAAUGCUAAAGAUUUUAUUUACUAAAUGUGGUGUAAAACAUUGGAACGUUCGAACAUAGUGCUUCCAGAAACAUUUUAUCACUUUCCGCGUCAUUUGACACGACAAGUCACAUUCAGCCCCAACGACAGCGCCAUCUCUUUUUAGGAACAAAGAUCAAUAUCGUAGCCAUCUUGAAUUUAUUGUUUGGAAUAAAAAGUAACCAGUAUUUCUUGGUAAAUUCGAGAAGAUGCUAAACUAAAUUAAUAAAAUGCAUACUAGUUGUGCAAGUUAUAUUUUUCAAAAUGCUGCAAAGCACGUGUAAAUUACGGCAGUUUUUUUAAAAACCAGACCUAACUUGAAAUGAAAACGUUUAGUUUAACAUCAACAAGAGGUCAAUGUGACCUCAUUCCGAGUGACCUCCUCCGGCAGGUUGUUGCAAGCAUUCCUCGAGGGUGCUCACAAGCGCCCUCCGCGCCCCUCACGUCCGCCCCGCCCCGUGCCGCCCUGUACGCUCGACACCGUUCCGCUUCGCUGCAGGCCCUACCUAAAACGGUUUACACAUUUUAAAAUGGUGCUUUUUUGUUUUUAGUAAAGUAGUCUUGAAUAAAUAAAAUCCUAGUCCCCAUAUAAAAAUGUCUGUGACAGAAGUUGUAACAUUUUCAAACACUAAUU